AUGGUUGGUCUCACGGCCGGAGAAUCAGCCAACCCUUCCCGCGACGUGCCCAAGGCCGUGAAGAGCGUCAUCUGGCGUAUCGUUGUGAUCUUCUUGGGAGGCAUCUUCUUCUUGACACUUACCGUGCCCUUCAACCACCCUGAUUUGCUCAACCCCAAGAACAAGACUGCUAGCUCGCCGUUCGUGAUUGCAUUCACUCGGGUCGGGGCAUAUGCAGGCGCCCACACCAUUAAUGCAAUCAUCGUCGUUACAAUUUUGUCGGCAGUCGACAGUGCGCUGUACGUCGGUUCUCGAACCCUCGUUGGUCUAGCAAGUCAGGGACAGGCACCCAAGAUCCUUGCUUGGUCCAAUUCUCGUGGUGUUCCUAUCUACUCUGUCGUCAUUAUGAACUUGAUUGGCUUCCUUUCUCUACUCAACCUCUCUGCCGGCGCUGGCAAAUUCUAUACCUGGGUCGUCACAAUGACCGGUGUUGCCACAUUCAUCACCUGUGAGUACUUGUUGUCCAUGUUGGGUCUAAUGAUGAUAAUCAAAUGCUAACAUAAACUUCAUAGGGGCUUGCAUCUGCCUUGCUCAUGUCCGUUUGCGCCAGGCAUUGCACCAGCAGGGGGUUUCUGAGGACGUGCUUCCCUUCAAGGCCAAUCCCUGGGUUGCAUGGGUGACUUUUGGAGUCAACAUAUUCUUCAUCUUCUUCCAGGGCUGGACAGCCUUUGCCCCUUUGGAACGUAGAGGCUUUCUUGCAGAAUUACAUCAUCGUGGCGGUUUUUAUCGUUUUCUAUGUUGGGUGGAAAUUCUACCAUAA